AUGUCAUUCCAAGGGAUUGAUAACUUAGCAGAUAUCUUGGGCAAAUGUAUCUUUAUUCUAACGGCAGUAUUCUCAGCGGCAAACUCAAGUCUAUACACUGCUUCCAGAGUUUUGUAUGGUUUAUCUGAUGAACAUAUGGCCCCCAGGUUUUUUUCACACUGCACGGGUAAUGGUGUCCCGUUCGCUGGGAUAGCUCUAACAGCUGCGGUAGGACUACUAGCCUUCAUGUUUUUGGAUCUAACUGGCGUGUAUGAAUGGUUUUUGAAUGUUGCAUCCAUCUCUAUUCUUUUGACGUGGUGGUCAAUUCUACUUACUUAUAUCCGAUUUUAUCAAGGAUUGAAGCACAUUGGAGUAGAUCGUAAUGCGUUUGCCUAUCGGGCACCUUAUCAACCAUGGUUAUCUAACUUUGGAUUCACUAUGUCCACUUUGAUUAUUAUCUUCAACGGCUUUGAGGUCUUCAUUAUUGGAAAAUGGUCACCUGCCAACUGCAUAUCAGCAUACAUUUCACUUCCAAUAUUCGGCAUGCUUUUCAUUGGGUGGAAGAUAUUUCAUCGAACGGCCUUUAUCAGAGUUGAUAAAAUGGACUUCGCGACAGGCAGGAGUGACUCCGACCCGGUGGAUGUCAACUUUGGCAAUCAGAAGGAAGUUAUUUGGUCAGGGAAGUUGGACAAUGUCUUAAUCAGGUUCAUUCGGUUCCCUCUAUUGAUAUCAGUCGGAAUUUUUAUAUUGCUUUGUCUGAAAGAUGUUUGA